GUUCUCCAUCUCUGCCCAGUCCCAAAGCAAUGUGGUGUCUAAUGUUAUGAAUAACUGUAACGUCAACUCUGUAAACAUCCAUACCACAUUUGGAACGAAUGCGGAUCCCAACUCAUCUGCCAAAGGAAAUACGCAACAAAAUAAAAUCCAUGCUGAAGACGAAGUACGAAUGUAUAUUUGAAGGGAUACCAAAGCGGGGGAAUCCAUCCAGUCUGGUCAGCAUCUACACAGAGCUCUACAUGACAAAGGGAGAAAGCGAGCAGGUUAAUGCCGAGCAUGAGGUGUGGUAUGUGGAGGCAGCGGCCAAGAAGACAGACACAGAGGAGAUCACUGUGAAGUGCAAUGACAUUUUUAAACCUUUACCUGACCAAGAAACACCAGUGAAGACUGUGCUGACCAAAGGGAUCGCAGGCAUUGGAAAAACCGUCUUGAUACAGAAGUUCAUUCUUGACUGGGCGGAAGGACGGGCAAACGCUGACAUCACGUUCGUUUUUCCUCUCCCUUUCCGACAACUGAAUCAUUUUCAUGACAAAGAAUUUAGUCUGAUGGGUUUAAUUCACCAUUUCUUCCCUCCAAUAGCCGACAUUGAAAAUAUUCAUUUUGAGGACUACAAAGUUCUGUUCAUCUUCGAUGGUCUGGAUGAGUGUCGUUUGCCUUUAAAUGAAAAUUGUCAGUGCUGGUGUAGCGUAAAGGAGUCAGUCUCACUGAAUAUCUUGUUAAUGAAUCUCAUUCAAGGAAAUCUGCUUCCCUCUGCUCUGCUCUGGAUAACCUCUCGACCAGCAGCGGUCAAUCAGGUCCCUCCCCAGUACAUCCAGACGAUGACAGAAAUAAGGGGGUUCAAUGAUCCACAGAAGGAUGAAUACUUUAGGAAGAAAUUUUCAAAUGAUGAGAAGCUUGCUGAAAGAGUGAUCAGCCAUGUGAGAUCGUGUAGGAGCCUCUAUAUCAUGUGCCACAUGCCUGUCUUCUGUUGGAUUUCAGCCACCGUCCUUGGAAAAAUGUUGACUAAAGAAGAUAGCCAGGAAAUGCCUAAAUCACUGACUCAAAUGUACACAAAUUUAUUGCGGAUUCAGACAAAAAUAAAAAAUCAGAAAUAUACCCAGGAAAGCUUGUUGAACAAAAAUGAAAUCUCUAAGUUAGAUAAAACAAUGAUCAUCAGGUUGGGCCAGUUGGCUUUUCAACAGUUGAUAAAAGGCAAUAUAAUUUUUUAUGAAGAAGACUUAAGAGAAUGUUGCAUUGAUGCCAAGGCAGCGUCUACGUACUCUGGUAUGUUCACAGAAAUUUUCAAAGAGGAGUUUGAAUUCGAUGAGCAAACAGUUUAUUGCUUCGUCCAUCUGAGCAUUCAGGAGUACCUUGCUGCUUUGUUUGUACAUUUUCGGUACAUUAACACUGGUGAAAAUUCUUUAAAUGCCAGCAUUUCGAAGAACAGUGACUUGUAUGAGCUGCAUAAGAGUGCAGUGAGUAUGGCUUUGGAGAGUAAGAAUGGGCACUUAGAUCUUUUUCUCCGUUUUCUGCUGGGCAUCUCGCUGGAAUCCAAUCAGAAGAUCCUGCCAUGUGUACUGAGUGAGAACAGUGGCAGUUUACAGUCUUGUGAGAAAACAAUCAAAUUCAUCAAGCAAGAGCUUGCAAAGAACCUCUCUGCAGAAAGAGCCAUCAACCUCUUUCACUGUCUAAAUGAGCUGAAUGACAAUACGCUAGUGGAGGAAAUCCAGAAUUAUCUACGUUCAGGUUCCCCCAUGGACACUGAGCUGUCCCCAGACCAGUGUUCAGCACUGGCCUACGUCCUGCUGAUGUCCACGGAUGUGUUGGAGGACUUUGACCUUUCUGCAUACAACAGCACAGCAGCCGGGCGGAGGCGACUACUGCCUGUCCUCAAGAUCUGCAAAAGAGCCUGCCUGCACCACUGUAACAUGACGAAGUUCCUGAUGGAACCAGUGAUCCAGGUGCUCCAGUCACCCAACUCACUCCUGACUCAUCUGGACCUCAGCUACAAUAAGCUGGGGGAAACAGGGGUGAAGCUGCUCUGCGAUUCAUUGAAGGCAUCAACGACCCUGCAGGUGUUGGGUCUGGGAGACUGUAACCUGACAGGAAGCUGUUGUGAGGGCCUGGCCUCUCUCCUGAUACAUCCCCUCCUCACGCUGAAGGAGCUGCAGCUCAGAGGGAAUGACCUGGGGGACUCUGGGGUGGAGCUCCUCUGCGGGGCUCUUAAGGAGACCAGCUGCCAACUUCAGCGACUGGGACUUUCAGGCUGUUGAGUCACUGAGAAAGGCUGCGCUUCUCUGGCUUCAGCUCUACAAUCAAACCGCUUGUACCUGACAGAGCUGGAUCUGAGCUACAAUCACCCAGGAGACUUAGGACUGGAACUGCUCUCAGCUGCACAGAAAGUCUCCAAACUGGAGACACUGAUUGUAGACCAUUGUGGCCCAUGCAGAAAUCAACCAGGGCUCCUCAGAUAUGCCUGCCAACCAUCACUGGAUCCCAACACAGUAAACCCACUGUUGUGCCUGUCUGAGGGUAACAAAAAGGUGACCUACAAAGGCAGCCAUUUGUAUCCUGACCACCCAGAGCGAUUUGAAGACUGGGUGCAGGUGCUCUGCAAGGAGGGGUUGUCUGGGCGCUGCUACUGGGAGGUUGAAUGGGAAGGAGGAAAUGUGGACAUUGCAGUGGCAUACAAAGGAAUAUCCAGGAAGGGAAGAAGAGAGAGCUGUGGUUUUGGAUUCAGUAAUCAGUCGUGGACAUUACAUAUUUCUGGGGAUAUUUUCUCCUUCCGUCACAACAAUAAUGUGACCAGGAUACAUACUUCCUCUUCGCGGUCCCGCAGGGUGGGGGUGUACCUGGACUGGCCGGCUGGGGUCCUGGCUUUCUACAGGAUAGACAAACGUACUGUUCUUGUGCACCACGUCAUCACCAAGUUCACUGAGCCUCUUCAUCCAGGUUUUUCUGUCUCUCAAGACUACUCUUUGUCUAUUAGUGACAUACUUUCAUAGGUGUGUGAGGUUCAUCAUAGGGAGACUGAUCUGAGUUGACAGUGGAUGUGAAUAGAUACAUAUUGCAAAUAAUCAUUUUAUUGCUUUAACUUCUUAUCUAAUCUAAAAUGGGUUUAUGAUGGGGAAAAAACGUUAGUAUUAGAGCUGGGCUAUAUGGCCAAAAAUGUAAUCACGAUAAUUUUCAUUUUGGUCGAUAUCGAUAAUUAUGGUCAUAAACAUCAAGUCAUUAUUUCUUUUCAUUUUGAAGGCUGAUUUUUACUCCUAAAACUGAAGGAGCCAGAUGGUGAAUCGUAGUUCUAAAGUAUUUUUUAUCAUCAGAAAGUGCCGAACUCUUGUCAAACAAUAGUGAUGGCCACAAUGACACGUCGGGAACAAUUUUCUCUACUGUCUGACCCCACUAGACGGAGCUGUCUGUUCAAAAAAGGGCUCAAAACAAAGGGAAACUGAAAGAAAACCGAAAGUACCAUGUGGGCUCAAGAAAGAUCAUGAAUGAUUCAUGAAUGUCGUUUUGGUCCUUACUACCAAGCAGUAUUUCACAUUUCAGGGGUCUGAGACAGAAGAUGAACCGGAUGUUUUGUUCACUGCUGAAAAAACCCUGACACAUUCAUCAUUUCUUAAUUCUCUCUAUAUUGUUACUGUCAGGAUUUCUCAUGGGCUGAGUUUUACUGUAGACCUUUCUUUUGGAUUCCGCUGGAUUUCCCUUAUUGAACGACUUGCUUUGGACUCUUUGGACUUACUUGCUCUCCCGUUGAGUCGCCCUUCUGUUUUCACGGUUUUGUCUGUUCUUUGCCUAACUGCCCUGUCGCAUUAUGCUAUUUGUUCAAUGAAUCCCCCGUUUUUAUGGCUGUGCUUGUGCUCCACUGCGGGUCCUGACAACGAGAUACAGAGAAAGCGAAGUGAAUUUGUGAUGCAAAACGUGUCACCGGCGACAUGUUUGGUCUUUUAAUUAUAUCGGAAUUAUAUAGUGCAUUUGACAUAUGGAAAUGGCGAGGAAAUUAUAUUGUGAUAAUUAUUAUCACAAUGUAAGUCGCUCUGGCUAAGGGCGUCUGCCAAAUCCUGUAAAUGUAAUGUAAAUGUAAAUUAUUUUGUUGACCAGACCUACUUCGUAUGUUGGUAAAUUAAUUUCGUACUGUUUUUAAACAUUAUGUCUAAUGUUAUUUUCUCAAAACUGUCUUGGAUAUUAAGUAUGCUAUCAUAAAGGAGUUUUGUCAGUAUUGUAAAAUUCAAUAAAAUUGUCUCUUAAUUAAAUAUUACUCUCAAAGAGUUAGUACUGUGAUCAGAAUUGUGUGUUCACGCAAAGACAGGCUGUGUAUAUAUUUUCAUUUUCUAUUCUUUAUCAUAAAAGGUGACUGACAGACCUGUAUUCACUGAUUGUAGCAAAAGUCCAAAUUGCGAUUGCAACCUGUAUUUUGCUGAAACACACAAACGGUAGUUCGUGUUGGACUGCUGCAGUGCAGGAGUAAAUCGUUAGCAGAUGUACUCAAAUGACCUGGAGAUACUCUGAAAUUUUGAAUAAACUGUGUUGGGUUAAACCCAGGAAAAACAA